AUGACAGCUCGUUUAGUCCUGGUCAUCGGUGACCUGUUCAUUCCCGACCGAGCCCCUGAUCUCCCACCUAAGUUCCGGAAACUGCUUACCCCCGGCAAGAUCGGUCAGAUCUUAUGUUUGGGCAACCUCACCGACCGCGAGACUUAUGAACACCUUCGUCAGGUAGCCCCGGACCUGCAAAUGGUCAAGGGUGACUACGAUGUCGACUCUCCGAACCUCCCGCUUUCCAAAAUCGUCAACCAUGGCAGCUUGCGCAUCGGUUUCACCCAUGGUCAUACCAUCAUUCCACCCGGUGAUGCUGAUGCCUUGUUGAUUGCAGCUCGACAAAUGGACGUGGAUGUCCUUCUCUGGGGUGGUACCCACCGCUUUGAAGCCUUUGAGAUGGAAGGUCGCUUCUUCAUCAACCCCGGUAGCGCGACGGGCGCGAUGACUUCAGGAUACUCAGCGGAGGGAGAGGAGCCUACACCAAGCUUCUGCCUAAUGGAUAUCCAAGGAGACGUUCUAGUGUUGUAUGUCUACCAGCUUAAGACGGAUGCCAAUGGCGUCGAGAAUGUCUCAGUCGAGAAGGUUUCCUUUCGCAAGAACCACGCUCCAGCCCCGGCCUCAUCAUGA